UAUUCUACGUCCAGACCUCGCUUUGUCGGGCGGAGUGACGUCACUUCCUGUACAGGUGUCUCACUGUAACGGCUAAAACAUCCACAACAAGAGCAAAAGCGGAACGUGUCAGCGAUUACAGAGUUUCUACAAUCCCUUCACUUCAGUCUAAUUGCACUAUUAAAGUACAGUGAGCAGAGUGGCUUUUCAGGAGACAAGCACUCCUUUGCGAGUGGCCUGCCACUUCGGCUGGUUACAGAUUUGUAGACGUGCAAGUUACACCAGCAAAGCAGCAGUUGGUGGGGUGUGUGGGACAGGGCCAUGGAGGCACCUGAGGUGGAAGGCCGCACGUUUAUGCAGGUGAUCAGUGAGAAAUACAGCCCUGAGAACUUCCCCUAUCGCCGGGGCCCUGGCAUGGGGGUGGUUGUACCAUCAGGCCAUCAGGGAUCUCCUAUGAAAGACCGACUGAACCUGCCCAGUGUGCUGGUCCUGAAUGGCUGUGGAAUUAGCCAUGCAGGCGAUGAAGGAGAAAUUGCAGCUUUUUGUGCUCAUGUCGUUGAACUGGACUUAUCUCAUAACAAACUCCAAGACUGGCAUGAGAUCAGUAAGAUUGUUAUGAACAUUCCAAACCUGGACUUCCUAAACCUUAGCUCAAACCCUCUGAGUGACACAGUGCUGGAGCCGGACUGUGCCGAGGCUUUCUCUAGAGUGCGCCGCCUCGUCCUCAACAACACUCAAAUUUCUUGGGAUAUUGUUCACGCCUUUACACGCGAGAUGCCUGAAUUGGAGGAGCUGUUCCUGUGCCUUAAUGAGUACAGCACUGUGAUGGUGUCUGCCACUCCAUGUCCUACCCUGCGGCUGCUGCACAUUACAGACAACAGUCUGCAGGACUGGAGCGAGGUGCGCAAGUUCGGCAUCAUGUUCCCCUCCCUCGACACACUCGUCUUGGCCAACAACAACCUGAAAUCCAUUCUUGACUCUGAGGACAAUCUUCGCAGACUCUUUCCUAACUUGCGUAGCAUCAAUCUGCACAAUUCUGGUCUGAAUCAAUGGGAAGACAUUGAGAAGUUAAAUUUUCUACCCAAGCUGGAGGAGGUGCGAUUGCAGGGCAUUCCUCUGCUCCAGUCCUACACUAACACAGAGAGGCGCAGCCUUAUGAUUGCUCAGUUGCCUUCAGUGAACUGCCUCAACGGGAGCAUUGUUACAGGGGGAGAACGUGAAGAUGCUGAGAGGUUCUUCAUCCGUUACUAUCGGGAUUACUCUGAAAAGGAGCAGCCUCACAGAUACCACUAUUUGGUGGCUAAGUAUGGGAAGUUGGCGCCACUGGCUGAGAUUGACCUGCGGCCACGCUGCCAUGCUAAGGUGGAAGUGCACUGUGAGGACCGGGUAGAGCAGGUGAGCAUCAGGCUGGACCAGACUGUGGCUGAGCUGAAAAAACAGCUGAAAACUGUAGUGCGACUCUCAGCCAGUAACAUGCGUCUCUACUACAUUGACAAGGACAUGCACUCAGCUUUUGGGCCUGAAGAGAUGAAGUAUAACACAAGGGCCUUGCAUUCCUACAGCAUUCGGGAUGGGGACGAGAUCCUGGUGGUGCCCAAGACCAAAUGAAUGAAUGAAACAAGGACCAAGACAAAACUGUGCUGGAAUCUUUUGUGUUCAUACUAACACUGCACAGAUUCCACAAAGUGUGUGAAACGUGAUUCCAGAAAGAAAAAAAAAGAAAAUCUAGGCUUGUCAGACUGCCUUGGAUUUCAGAGACAUUACAUUGUGUUUUAAAGGGCAUCAUGCAGCUCACAUUGCUGUCCAGUGUGUGUGCCGCUGCGCUUGUUGCCAUGCCGUACAUAUGGCUUUCUUCUUUAUGUUGCCUUUGACCAUGAAUGGGGUUUGCUGUUAACUGUUAGAAAAUGCCUGUUUCUUUAAAAGGAAAGCACAAAGAGCUUUGCUAGUUCAAUAAGUGCAUCCUGUGAAACUUGACAAUCACCUGCCACCAGUUAUAUCGUGGUUUGCCACCGGAGGGGGAAAGGGUGUAAGACCUUCACGCAAUCACCCUUUGAUUGUUAUACAGAGAAAAUGGUGGAUUUGUAGAUGGUAUAUGUAUAGUGUAACUCUCAGGCCACAACAUUUAAUAGUAAUUAAUAAUCUGACGGUAUAAUAAAGAGGGACAUCCUAAAGAGAAAUAAAGGUUUUAAUUUAUUUAUUUAUUUUUUAAUAUUUGAUUUAUGCAUGAAUACACAGCAAGUGGCUACCCUCAUAGAUUCAGAUUAAUCCUUAAUAUCAGUGUCAGUCUGAGCAUCUGUUCUUUUUUUAUAUAAAGAGAAGCUGAAAUGGCUCAGUGAACCUUCUGUUUGGUGUUUUUUAAGCAGAAAAUAGACGUAGUCAUAUUAUAGUCAUUUGCUCAUUUCAAGACAAAGAAAUAUGCACCUCUGCAGACAUUAUAAAACAAUAGAAGUACAACUGAACUGUAUUAGAAAAGGAGUAGGGUUGUAAAGGUGUAAGGUUUAGAGUAUAUGUAAUAAUCUGAAUUAUAUGAAAUAUAUAAGUCCUACCUCCCAAAGUGCACUGACACUGCAUUUGAAUUUUUUCUUUCCUAUUUUCAUUUCUUUGGAGUUCAGUUGACUGGAUUAGAAUUAAAGACAAUGCUGCAGAAUAUAUACAUAUAUAAGUACAAUACAUAAAGCAGUGUGAGUUAACGUUUCUUACAAAAAUAUUUUUCAUUAAAAAAUCUUAAGCAUAUUCAAUCUCAUAUUGAACAGAAAAGAUGGCUGGUUAGGACUCUUUCAAGGUAUAACAGUGUUGGUCAUGUUUGUUUUUGUUUUUUGUUGUUUUUUUCUUUAAAUAGUAAAGUGAUUGUUAAGACUGCAUUAUUGAGUGGGAAGUAAUUAGAAACUUACAUUAAAACCAUGUCAGCAUUUGGGUAGCAGAUUUCUGAUUAAAUUGCACUAGAUCUGUGCUUUAAUAUUGGUAUUAUUUUCCAUAUAUAAGGAUGAAUUUUGCAGUUCAUCGUUUAAUCUUAAUUCUACAAAUGCAACUCCUUAACAGUCCCUUAAAUUGCAACAUAGUAUUCUCCUUGGUGAGAAUUAAAAGCUUAUUUAUUGUUUUUCUCAUAUAAAUAUAUCACCCUAGAAGUAAUUAAGUUUAUGAUAUAACAAUCAUAAUCACAAAAUUAAACACUGUGUCUAUAUUAUUGAUGACAGACACUGUUCUUGUGUCUAUGUAGUCAUUAGACUGAACUGAAGUUCAGUGUGGUAACUCCAAGCUUAGAGGAUACAUAGAAGUCUAUGUGAUGAACUAAUCUUGGAAUUUUAGCUAGGAAUCCCAAUGAACAUGAAGCAUGGUGUUAGCUUUUUUUCCAAGAAUGGUUAGGAGGAAAUUCUCCAGAUCAUAUUUCAUAACAAAGUACUGUGUGUGGUCAUUUUCUGUAUCUUGUAGAUGGCAUAUAAUAGUAUUGCAGUGAGUAGUUGGUUAGAGAAAUAAUUAAAAAUUGAAUUAAUCUGUAUAACCACAUAAUAUUAUCCGAAGAGAGAUUUAAAGCUAAUUGCUUUGUAGAAUGUUUAUAUUCCAUAUAAAAAGUUUCCCUGUUCUUUUUCUUUUUCAUGAAGUGGAUUCUUUGCAUUCGGCUUUAACCUAGGUCAGCUAUAAGUGAAGAAAUUUUUAAAUUUCAUAUAAAAUUGUAUACGCAGUUGUCAUGCUUGUAUCCAGUACAUCUAUGCUGAAGCCAGAUAUAAAGUGAAUCACAUGCACAAUGAAAGUCUUAUCAGACCGACAUUAAAAUGAACAGGAGGUUUGUAACAUGAUCCCUUUUUAACUGGUAAAAUAACGGAUAAUACGAAAGAUGCUGCUGUGUUGAUUUUGAUCAUUGCACUUUAAUAGGUAUUAAAUUAUUGUUAUUUAUUAUUCAUUUACAUGAACAGGAAUCAUUGUAAAAUUGUUUAUUUAUUUUGUUAUAAUUCAUGGAUGUUUUAUAUCGUCUAUUUUCUUUAAAAAUGUUUUUCACAGUCAUUUUUGUUGCACACAUCACAUUUAUUUUGCCUCUUAUUUUGUCAAUAUUCUUGAACCUUGUUUAACUAUUAAAAGAGAAUUGUCUUUAUCUCUUUAAGAUCAUGAAUGUAUAUUGUGAAAGGUCUUUAACAUUAUAUUGCAACACAAAAGACUUAAUUUACUCCCAUCUAUUGAAUGCAUUUAUUCUCUAUCAACAAAAGCACUGAAAAUCCAAACGAAAUGGUUUAUUCCUGCAAAAACACAGUGUGACUUUCAAUUCAGAUGUGACUGAUUUGUAUUUGCUUCCAGCAUUCUCCAAGUCCCAUGCAUGUUAAUUAAUAUGCUGUUGUUUAAAUAAGUUCUGUUUGCAUUGAGUUGUCCGUGAUUUUCUGAAUGAUGAGAGAAAUUCCACUAAGGUUGAAGGGAAAUAAACUACAUU